AUGGCCGAGGACUCGCCCAAACGGCGCAAGGCGAACUUCAACGAGGCGGAGACGGAGGUGCUGAUCGAGCAGGUGCUGAAGCACGAGCAGUUGCUGUUCGCGGCGGGACCCGGCCGCGCCUCCGCGGGCCAGAAGCGGAAGGUGUGGGAGCUGAUCCGGCACAAGGUGAACCCGGUGGCCGCCUGCCCCCGCGACGUGGAGGACCUGAAGAAGCGCUGGCGGGACCUGAAGCGCCGCGACCGCAGCAAGCUGUGCCGCCUUUCGCAGGGCUGCGGGCCGCCGGCGCCCCCCGCCCUCGGCCUCCUCCUGGCCCCCGAGGAGCUGCCGCCCGCCGCCGCGCCGCCCGCCCGCCGCCAGCGCCGCCCCUACGGCUCCCUGCUGCCCGCCGAGGCCGUGCCCAUCGUGGGCGGCAUCGACACGCUGGAGCUGCCCGGCGCCGUCGUGGGGGACAUGGGGUUUAAUGGCAGUCCUGGCCCAUCUCAUCAAUCCAGUCUUGAGCAGAUGAACCUCAAAGAAGAAAUAGUAGUGAAGGUGGUGGAGCCAGAAGAAAGCUCUGGGGACAUGGUAGUGGUUCCACCUAGUCAAGAACAACUGCCUUUUCUGGGGACAUCAGGUGGUGGUUCCUCUGGGAAAGUAAAAGCCAAAACAAAAGGCAGGUGCCAGGCAGACCAAAAUGAAAUGACUGAAGAGGACCUAUUGCAGAUUCAGCAGACCCAAAUACAGGUGAUCCAGUCUGGCUUUGACAGUGUCAACCACAAUCUUCGGCUGCUGCAGCAAGGCAUGCAAGAUCUGAGUAACAGCAUCAGCAUCAUGGCACAUACGCUUGUUGCUAUCAAGAACGUCUAUGUGAAAAACAACACUGGCCCAACCACACAUGCCACUGCAUCUACUCAGACCACAGCAGGGUACCUGAGCCCAGGAUCCCCCCAACUCUCCCCUGCUAAGGACAGAGCUAGAGCACAGGUGGCUGGAAGCAGCAGCAGAAGCAGCAGCUGCAGCUCCAGCUCCAUGUCACAAGAACCAGGUCCUUCUGAGUUUCCUAGGCCCCCCCUGAGAACCAUUAAGAAAGAACAUCCAAAUGGCUGCUACUAUUUCUGCUUUGCAGAUGUGUAAAAACUUGAAUAGAUGUAAAAUGACUGUGUUGUUGGGUGCUGAUGUAUGUUCUGCUCCAGCCUGUGACUUCAAAGGAGCCAAGUGGACUUGCCUCCCAUGUUUUUCCCAGUGGGAAACAUUUUACUAUAGGUGGCAUUAAACACUAACUACCAGCCUCCAGUUAACUCUGUUGCAGUUGGCUAAUAAAUUUCUUCUCUUUUCUUUAUCCUCUUAUUCUCUUAAAAAAACCCACAUUUAUUUUGAGUAAGACUUUUGUCUGUAUCAUCCUUUGUUUAAUGUCACCUUGUGAAAAAUAAAAGGCAUGAGAGUGGGGUAAAAAAGUAUCAUUAUGGUUACUACCACCAGGAGCUAACUUACAGAAGUUACUUGGUUCUUGGAUUAAACAAGCCUCAGAAGCAGCUGGCUUUUUAAGUACUUCUCUUUUCUAAUAGUUAUGUUGGGGGUGUUUGCUUGGUUGUUGUUGUUGUUGAGGUUUUAGAAGUCUGAGCUGUGCAAGGCAUCACAGAAGGAGUUUAAGAUACCUGCUUAUUCUAGGAAUGCUUUAGCACUGAGCAUUCACUGGCAUUCAUUAGUGUCCUCUUCAGAAGUCAUACAGCAUUGUUCCACUUGGCUGUUGUUCAUUCCUGGCUUGUCAAAUGCACCCUCUCUUCAGAGACAUUGUGUUUUACUGCACUAGCAGGGUAGUCUCUUUUUUUAACCAGUCACAUGUUUAAAAUAGAGAAAUACAGAAAAAUGAGGAAUGGAUGAGUGAUGCCUGUUUCUGACAUAUAGGUUAUAUGUAGGCUGUAUCUUCAUCUGAUUUUUUAAGAAAUUGAAUCAAUACCACAGUGUUUGAAAUACAGAGAACAAAAAGCUUUGUACUUUUUUACAUGAAAUGGAAGUCAGAUUUGCUGUUAAAUUACAGGAGGCAGGGGCUCACUUUGUUCCAGACAAAUGCUGCUGCAUAGUUUAAAAAGCUUGGAUUAUAAUUUCCUUUCUCAUAACUAAGUAGCCAAGGAAGAAGAAAGAUGAGGAUGAGUUGGAGCAAAAUGUAACUUGGUGUCAACUCUGAAACAAGCAAAAAUCAUUUUAUCUUCAUGCCAAAAAGAAAAAUUGCCAUUUCGUAUUUAGAUAGGGAAAACUGUUGUCACUGGCACUAUUUUGUGUUUCAGGCUUACGUGUUCAAGCCACUCUACUUUGCACAAUUCAGAAGUAGCAGAGGUGCAAUGUUCUUGUAUCUGGCAGCUGUACCAGAGGUCAAACUAAAACACUCACCUGAAAUGUUGUCCAAUGACUUGAAAAGUCAUACAGGUGCUCUUCUUAAGCAUUUAUCACCAACAUUUAAAAAGGUUCUGCAGAUAAAUUUGGCCUAUAGCAAUGACUGGCUGCUUGUAGUGUUACAGUCAGUUUGCACAAGCAUUCCUGCUGCAGAAAUUUAGCAAAUACAAAUAACAUAGAGAAUCACAAUGAAACUGCCCCUCUCCUAGAAGCAUAAGAAUAUGUAAUCAUAGCAUAAGGUAUGCCACUUUUGCAGUCAGCUUUGACUGAACACCACCAUAUGAAAAUGUUCAUGUCCACCAUUUUGGUGUACUGAAUUAACUCAUCUGCACUUCAGAAACCAGCCACUGCUGCCUACUAAAAUGUGAAAACAGGGUAAUCAGUUAGCAAGUGUUUCCCUUCAGAAUCACAG